UAAAUAAACCUGGCAACCCGUAUCCCAUCUGUGACACAUUCUGUCAUUGGGCAGGACAUAAACAGUGUUUCGUGAUAGUAGCAAUAUUUAGCAUACAACUAUUAAGUAAACUAAAAGGUGACACCAGGAGGAAUGGGCUCGGGGGAGAGUACUACCAGGAAAGUAUCCUUCGGCGUGGAUGAUGAGGACAGAGUCAGGAUUCUCCGCGGGAUAAAGCUGUCAGAAGAUGUACUCCAGAGGAUGAAAGGAGUGGCAAACAUUCCUCCAGAACCCUCACCAUCACCCUCAUCAUCAUCAGCCCCAAGUCCUCAGACAGGAAAAGGUGCCUCUUGCAGUGCCAGCUCAGCCUCUCAAGCACAGCAGAGCUCACAACACCGGGCCCAGCCCAGCAGCAAGUCGGCCUCAUUCUCCAAAGAUGAACAGAGAAGGUAUGAGCGACAGCAGGCAAUACUGAAGGAUGAGCUGGCCAAGAUGGCGGAAAGAGAGAAGGAGGCAGCGAGAGAGGAAAUGGCUAAAGCCAUGAGCCGGGAACGACAACAAGUGCACCAAGAAGCAGAGAAGGCCAAAGAAUUGUCUGCAGAUGAGAUAGAAGCAAUGGCUCAGCAGCUCCAGAAGAAAGAAUCACAGCUGAAAGCGCUGGGUGCCUUCUACAAGGAGCAGCUGGCUCAGCUGGAGCAGAAGAAUUUGGAGAGAUUCAAGGAGAGUAAAGAUCAAUUCCACCAAGCUGCCAGUGUGACAGAAGCAAGCAUCAGGUCUCGUAACACUGCUCCCGUGUGUCCUGGCCUGCAGGCUCAGAUUUUAUCCUGCUACAAGGACAACAAAGAGCAGACCUUAAAGUGUUCAGACUUGGCUAAAGAAUACAUGCAGUGUAUAAAUGCUGCAAAGAAGAACAUGCUGGUCAACCAUGGAUGAAGAGUAGGAGGAGGAGGAAGAAGAAGAUGGAGGAUAAAAGCUGUAUUCAAUGGAGAGUUUUCACUAGGCACUAUGAGUAGCAUUUGCUCUAUUCAUGUUUGGACUAAGAAGAGCGACAAUUUGCCUUUAGCAUGCCUUCUCUAUAAACUUUUAUUAUGCUAUUUAUCUACAGUAUCUUGUGUUAUAACAUAGUGCUGCACCACGCAAGGAAGCUUUAAAAUGAAGCUGGGCUUUUGCUUCAUGGUUUGAGUCACUGCAUUUUUAAUCCAGCCCAAUAUACCUGAGGUGCAGAGAUGCAUUCAGGGUCAUUCCUAUAUCUGCCAAAGCGAGGAGUCAGUUCACGUCCAAACCUCUGCUGCUUCUGAAGACAUGAAAAGAAGAAAAAAAAUCUGAGGUGUGUGUGCUGAAUGCAGUGUAUAGUGAUCCUGUUUUGAUCUUGAUCUAAGAGAAAAACUGAUUUUUUUGCUUUUGAGUUUUGUGGUUUUGCAUUAUUCCAACAUGGGAGUAAGCUCAGGAUAUCCUGGCAGUGACUUUAAUGUGUCAUACGUGUGAUUGAAUAGUUGAUCUUAUUAAAUCAUUCAUAACCUUUGA